AUGAGUAUUAAUCAGAAAGACGAUGAUGACUACACUGUGAUUUCCAGUAGUAGAUCAAGCAAUAAUACCUCCAGUAUCAAGGACAUUUAUCUAGAAGAUGAUUCUUUCUUGCAAGUUGAAACUGUGUCUCAAGGUUCAUAUUCUGAGAUCGUAAUAAAAGAACCUUCAAACCGUGGGAACUUCACUUACAUAGUGGAUCUGAAUACAAAGAAAAGGCCUUUAUCAUCAGGAUCACAGCUAUCUAAUUCAAUUUGUGGUGGGGCUAUGAAACGGAAAUGGACGGAGUCUUUGAAAAAACUUGACAAUUUCAACAACUCAAAUAUUCUUCCUUUGAAAGAUGUGCAAAUUUUUCCCAGAUUUUCUAUUUACUCUUAUUGCAACUCCUCUUUGGAAGAUAUUAUUGACAGUUCUAAAACACAAAUAGACGAAUAUUCGUUGGUCGAUAAAAAACUACAACGAGAGUUUCUACACAGUAGCCAACCCUAUUUAGCAUUGGCUUUAUUGUUAACUCCAUUGUUCGUUUCUAUCUUCAGUUUGAUCCUAGUGCUCUCACAUAAGUUGGAUGGUUAUGUCGGCGUCUCUCAAGUUUUGCUGCUAAAUGGAGUGACUUGGGUGUUGUCAAUGGUUGGCCUAAUACCGUGUACUACUUCUGUGAAAAUCAAAAGCAAGCCCAAAAAUGUUCAUUAUAUAGCAAUAUUGUUCCGAAUUUUGGCAGGAUACUAUGAUCAGAACAAACUGUUUGUUGUAGACUACUAUGGAGACGAUGGUGGGUUUGUCAUAAGAAGGGCCCUCUCUGCUGCUACAUAA